ACCUUCGUACUGUUUUAGAAAAUUCUUAUGUUUAUAUACAUACAUAUUAUGCCUGUUUGGAUUAUUUUUACCUUACGAAGAAUGUUUGUAUUGGAAGCGAUACGAAACAUUGAAAAACUUUUUUUAUUCUUUGAUUUCAUUCUUACUAGUGCUUGGAUACAUUUACGUGCAAUGGUACGGAUCUCAGACUACCUAUAAGACAUCAAGAACAUCUAAUGUCAUUCUUAUAAGUUUUACUGAUACGCUAUUGACAAUAAUAUGCAUAAUAUCUACAUUGGGAAACGUUUUCUGGAAUAAAGGGAGAUGGUCUCAGUUUAUAAAGCUUCAAAAUAUCCUAAGGAAGAAGUUGCAGAUAGAGACGUUUUGGAGAAACCCAAUUUAUAUGGUUCUAGAGGUCGUGCUUGGUCAUAUUGUUUUUUUAUUUGUCAUUGGUAUUGCUCAAUACAGGGAUUUUACUGCAAGUUUAAAUUCGGUAGAUCAAUUAAAGCUACUGAUAGCCAAAUUCAUUCAAAACAUAAUGAAUUACUACAUAUUUCUCACUGUCACCGUAAUCUAUAAUACUGCCUUAUCCCUGAGAUCCAGUUUCAAAGGAUUAAAAAAGUACCUUGUUAAAACCCUAAAGGUGGAACACAACAUUAUCUUAACAAGAUGUAACUCUGUCGGACAAUUACUACCACAAAUCUCAAUAAUUGAAGAUAAUACCUUUCGUAGACUUUUAGAAGCAUCCAAAAUAUUUAACCUUUUAUUCGACUGUGUAGAUAUUUUCAACAACAUUUUUGGAGUAGUUAUAUUGUUCAUGAACAUCGCAACUGUUUUAAAAAUUUUGGUUUCGCUGAAUACCUUAUUGAUUACGGGAGAAACUGAUCAAUUGACUGUAGAAAUUGCCUUCAAUUCUAUAUGUGGAUUUCUUAUGUUUGUGGCAUGGAACUGGUUAGUCAUAGCUUCUUGUGGACUGAUUAAACAAGAAUCAACACACAUUCUUAAUUUAUGUUGCAAGUUGCAACAUUCUCUUCCAUACAGUUCAAAAGAACGACAUGAAUUGUUAUAUCUAGCUAGACAAAUCAAUAGAAAGUUUCCAACUAUAUCGGCAGCUGGAUUUUUUGAAGUGGAUUUUUCAUUAAUUGUAUCAGUAUUCUCAUAUGUUGGAACAUACAUUGUCGUACUUAUACAGUUUAGUCAUAUAGAUUUUUAAUAAAAAUUAAUAUGUACAAGAAAAAAAACUUUUUAU